CCCAUAUUUCACCUCGCAACCUAAAUAUUUUUCUGUGUCCGUAAAAUUAAUUCAUAAUUUCAUUCUUAACUUGGACUAGAGAUGUCAAAAACUAUUAGAAAGCCAACAGAAGGUAGUUAUCCAUCAUGCUAUAUAACAAGCCGUAUAGAGGAACGACGGCAACGUGAAAAACAGCUAAGACAAGAACGACGUAGAAAAAACACUGACAAGCCUGAUGAUUUUGUGACUUAUGAAGAUUCCGAUAGCGAAGAAGAAACUCCUCAUCAACAGCGACAGAUAUUAAAUACAUCCUUCAACUUUGUCGACUAUGUGAGAAGUCGAGAGUCUGACUUGAAGGAAGUGAGAAUGGUGGAUUCAUCUCAUGCAUCUCGUCAUAUUCUAACACAUGACAUGUUUAAAGAGACUCCAAUUAAUCUUGGGAAUAUAAAUAAAGUAUUUUGCUCUCAGUGGCUCAGCAAUAGACAAAUUGUCUUUGGCACAAAAUGUAACAAAUUGAUGGUCUAUGACGUAAACAUGAGACGAGUGGAUUCCAUUCCAACGCUUAGGAAUUCAAGGGGAUCAAACGUUGAUACUCAAUCAGGAAUACAUUCAUGUCAAAUUAAUCCUAGUCGUACUUUACUCGCAACUGGUGCACGGCAUUCAGCUGAUAUUGCAAUUUAUAGACUUCCAACAUUAGAUCCCGUUUGUAUUGGUGAGAAUGCUCAUCGUGAUUGGGUAUUUGAUAUGACAUGGCUUGACGAUCAGUUCCUUGUGUCUGGUUCGCGUGAUACAAAAUUAGCUCUGUGGCGCAUCAAUGAAGAUCUCAUUGAUUUUCCUGAAAAACCAGCUAAAGAAGAAGAGGAAGCUUGUCCUACAUAUGCUCACAUCAAUCCAGUAUGUGUUAAGGAAGUUAGAAGUGCUCAAAAGAUCCGUGCUGUAUGCUUUAAUAAGGAAUAUAAGGAAAUCGCAUUGUUAUCGCUUAAUGGCUACAUGCAUCUGUUUAAUGCUGAAACGUUUUCACAAAAAAUGUCGAGGAAGCUGCCAAAUUGUCAGGAAAAUGUCUGUAUUGCAUGUCAAGAGAAUGGUCUUUAUGCUGUUGGAUGUCGGUCGUACACAUUACUUUUAGAUCCUAGAACACUGCAAGCUGUCAAGAAAAUCGCUUCACGUUACAAUGGUUGUGGAAUUAGAUCUGCAAGUUUUCAACAAAACAUUUUAACUAUUGGAACUGGACUAGGGAUGCUGAUGUUCUUCGAUGUCCGAGCUGGAAAAUAUUUAGAAAGUAGUAUAAACACAUCACGUACUGUAGUACUUAAAGCAAGCAAGGGAUAUGUGUUCCCAGACGAGGAUGUUGACAACUUAUCGAAUGUGAAAUACGUACCAGCUAUAUACACGCAUUGUUAUGAUCAAAGCUAUACUAGACUAUUUACAGCAGGCGGACCCUUACCAGCAACACUAAUUGGAAAUUAUUGUGGUAUUUGGCAAUGAAUAAUAUUUAUUAAAAUAAAUUUUGUAUGGUGAGAAAUUAAGGAAAUUAAUGAUUUUCAGUUUCCAAAUAAGGAUUUUUCUUCUGUGAAUUAUUUUUUUAAGUGAUGAAAGUUUUUAUCCUUUUUUCAUUUUAAUUUGUAUGCUCGUGCAUGAAUUUAAAAUAAAUGCGUAUGUAAGUGAUUUUAAUAAUUUUUUUAACAUAUUAAGUAUGAAAAAAAAAACGAAAAC